UACAGAGGGAGGGAGAGAGAGAAGGAGGGGAGGUAUGAAGGUUGAGGAGAGCAAGUGGACCCAGUCCUGUCAUUCACAUUACUGCAGGAGGACCAGCUAAAGGAUGUCUAAGACCCCGUCCACCACGUCUGCAGCCUCUGUAACGUCUGCAGCCUCUGUAACCUCUGCAACCUCUACAGACAGCAAAGGUGGCAAAUCCCGGAAGACUUCGUCCUCGAGUUCGGAGUCGGCUCCCAAGAAGGUGUCUAAGAAAGAGCAGAAGAGGAAAGACAUGGAGAAGAUACACACCACCCUGCUCAGCAGCGUGUUUGGAGCGGAGAGGGAGUUGGCCCAAGCAGAGUUGGAUGAGCUGGACUUUGCCUUCAAGGAGUUUGACUACGACUGUGACGGCUACCUGAACUACAAGGACGUAGCUGAGUGCAUGAGGACCAUGGGCUACAUGCCCACUGAGAUGGAGCUGCUGGAGAUAGUGCAACAGAUCAAAAUGAGGAUGGGCGGUCUGAUGGACUUUGACGAUUUCUGUGAGCUGAUGGGUCCCAGGAUAAUGGGAGAGACAGCAGACAUGCUGGGGCUGAAAGAGCUCAGGUCCGCUUUCUCACAGUUUGACCAGGACUCUGAUGGGAAGAUCAGCCAGGAUGAGAUGAAGGAGGCGGUGAAGAGUCUACUGGGGGAGAAACUGAAGAAAGGAGAGCUGGAAGAGAUACUCAAAGAGAUAGACAUCAACGGAGACGGAAGCAUCGACUUUGAUGAGUUCGUCAUGAUUUUGUCCAUUCGGUAAGUGCUGGAAGACCUGAGAAGAUGCUAUCAUUUGUGUGUAUGAUCAGCUUUACGGAUGAGAUGUACUCCUCCAUUUCCUCACUGCUCCUUUUCUCCCCUCUCCGGUUCUCUCCUCUUCUGUUCUCUCCUCUACACUCUGUCACUGAGAAAAUAAAUAUGGUGUACAAUGAGAAAGAUUAUAUUCGAAAAUGUAUUUGGAUUAAUCCGUUUGUAGACACUGAUUGGCUGUAUGACAUCUAAAUAAGAUACCAUUUUGAUAUUUUAAUAAAUAAUUAGAAUUUCAGAAUUACAACCUAGGACUUUUGAAAAACAUUUUUUUUUACAGUCUGCGUUUUCUAAGUACAAAAUAAAGACAUGGGACAGAAGAAAUAUCUACACGUGUACAGUCGAAGUCGGACGUUUACAUACACCUUAGCCAAACACAUUUAAACUCAGUUUUCACAAUUCCUGACAUUUAAUCCAAGUAAAAAUGUCCUGUUUUAGGUCAGUUAGGAUGACCACUUAAGAAUGUGAAAUGUCAGAAUAAUAGUAGAGAAUUAUUUAUUUAAUCUUUUAUAUCUUUCACCACAUUCCCAGUGGGUCAGAAGUUUAAAUACACUUAAUUAGUAUUUUUUUUAAAUUUUAUUUUACCUUUAUUUAACUAGGCAAGUCAGUUUAGAACAAAUUCUUAUUUUCAAUGACGGCCUAGGAACAGUGGGUUAACUGCCGGUUCAGGGGCAGAACGACAGAUUUGGAAGCAUUGCCUUUAAAUUGUUUAACUUGAGUCAAACGUUUCGAGUAGCCUUCCAUAAGCUUCCCACAAUAAGUUGGGUGAAUUUUGGCCCAUUCCUCCUGACAGAGCUGGUGUAACUGAGUCAGGUUUGUAGGCCUCCUUGCUUGCACACGCUUUUUCAGUUCUGCCCACAAUAUUUCUAUAGGAUUGAGGUCAGGGCUUUGUGAUGGCCAAUCCAAUACUUUGACUUUGUUGUCCUUAAGCCAUUUUGCCACAACUUUGGAAGUAUGCUUGGGGUCAUUGUCCAUUUGGAAGACCCAUUUGCGACCAAGCUUUAACUGAUGUCUUGAGAUGUUGGUUCAAUAUAUCCACAUCAUUUUCCACCCUCAUGAUGCCAUCAGUCCCUCCUGCAGCAAAGCACCCCCACAACAUGAUGCUGCCACCAAGGUGCAUCACGGUUGGGAUGGUGUUCUUCGGCUUGCAAGCCUCCCCCUUUUUCCUGCAAACAUAAUGAUGGUCAUUAUGGCCAAACAGUUCUAUUUUUGUUUCAUCAGACCAGAAGACAUUUCUCCAAAAAGUACGAUCUUUGUCCCCAUGUGCAGUUGCAAACCAUAAUCUGGCUUUUUUAUGGCGGUUUUGGAGCAGUGGCUUCUUCCUUGCCGAGUGGCCUUUCAGGUUAUGUUGAUAUUGGACUCGUUUUACUGUGGAUAUAGAUACUUUUUUACCUGUUUCCUCCAGCAUCUUCACAACGUCCUUUGCUGUUUUUCUGGGAUUGAUUUGCACUUUUGGCACCAAAGUACGUUCAUCUCUAGGAGAAAGAACGCAUCUCCUUCCUGAGCUGUAUGACGGCUGUGUGGUCCCAUGAUGUUAAUACUUGCGUACUAUUGUUUGUACAGAUGAACAUGGUACCUUCAGGAGUUUGGAAAUUGUUCCCAAGGAUGAACCAGACUUGUGGAGGUCUUGACUGAUUUCUUUUGAUUUUCCCAUGAUGUCAAGCAAAGGUAGACCUUGAAAUACAUCCACAGGUACGCCUCCAAUUGACUCAAAUUAUGUAAAUUAGCCUAUGAGAAGCUUCUAAAGCCAUGACAUCAUUUUCUGGAAUUUUCCAAGCUGUUUAAAGGCACAGUCAACUUAGUGUAUGUAAACUUCUGACCCACUGGAAUUGUGAUACUGUGAAUUAUAAGUAACAUAAUCUGUCUGUAAACAAUUGUUGGAAAAAUUACUUGUGUCAUGCACAAAGUAGAUGUCCUGACCGACUUGCCAAAGCUAUAGUUUGUUAACAAGAAAUUUGUGGAGUGGUUGAAAAACGAGUUUUAAUGACUCCAACCUAAACCCGUAACCUUUACUAUGCAAAUAACUUGACAAAUUUGAAACUAAUUUUUUUAGAACUUUAUUCCUAAAAUGUUGUACAUACUGUAUGCAAUUAACCAAGGCUAAAUGUUAGGUUAACUAAAUGAAAAUAAAAUAAUAACCCUGAAGCAAAGGAAAUAUAGCCUGGUCCCAGAUCUGUUUGUACUGUUUAGCCAACUCCAUUAGCAAAUGUAGCAAUAGAAUUGGCAAGACAGCACAAACAUAUCUGGGACCAGGCGAGAGUACUCCCAGCUAGAACAUAACGUUCUGAGAACCAUAUGUUUCUUAGAGCUUGGUGAGAUUGUGGUUGUCCUAUGAUUAUUUUGCAUACAACCUUCCCACAACUUUCUGGGAAUGGAGCAGGAUAGUUGCUUGGAUUUGGAACAUUCUCAGCACGUUUAAGGAACUUGACAAAAAUGUUAUUUUCUUGGUAUUUCAUUACCUUAACAAAACAUUUCAGAACAUGAACAGAACAUGGCUACAUUGAAUUAAAAUGUUGGUAAUGUUCUAGGAACAUUCUCCAACUGGUUUGACAUUGGGAAUGUUCUCAAAUAGUUCAGAGAAUGUUAAGGAACAACGUUCUCAUGUGGGAAUUUCAGUACUUCAGCAUAACAUUUCUUUCAUGUUUACUUAUGGCUCUAUUUAAAGUCAUGUUCUCAAAUUGCUCAGAGAACGUGAAGAAACAACGUUCUCCUGUGGGAAUUUCAGUACUUCAUUAUAACAUUUUCUACAGGUUUCCUCAUGGUUCUAUAUAAAAGUAAUGUCUCAGAACAUUCAGAGAACAUUAAGAAACAAAUGUUCUGUGGAAAUGUAAUAAACCUUUAGUAACAUUCAGAGAAAGUUCUAAUAAUGCUAUUUAAAAACACGUACAUUUCAGUCUUAGCAUCAACAAAACCCUCUCUAUUCUCUAUCUUGUUAAGUGUGUUCAGGUGUGUUUGCCGUGGCCACUAAUUGGCCACACCUAAACUUGCUUGUUUCCUUUGAAAUGGGGUCUUUUGAAUUGACUAAAAUGAACAGCUUGAAAAAAACAAACAUGGCAUGCUAGUUUCAUCCUGGUGCCGCAGAAGACUAAUUCCAUGGAUAAAGAACAGAAGAUCAUUGGUUAAAAUCUCACUGACGCCGUGUCACAAUAUAUAUAUUUUUCUCUUCCCAUGUGUGCCAUCUGUGCUUAGAGUUUAAAACAGUUAAACUAAGCUAGCAGUGUUAUUAAACAUCUUAUUGAAACAUUCAGUGAAAGUUUGAAGUUAUUCCUUAUUUAAUUACCUUCAAAUAAUCUAUAAUUUACGUUAUCAGAACGUUAAUAAACCCUCAGAGAAAAACUUUCAGUGAACCAUAGUAAAACGUUCGCAGAACCUUCCUGCAACCUAAAAAUGGACUUUCACCCAACAGGCAAAAUGUUCACCUCCGUUCUUUGAACGUUAGAAAACAUUCAGUUUUACCGGUCAGAAAACGUAUGGUUUCGUUCCCAGAACCAACGGGAAAACAAAAACGUACGUUCCCACAACUUCCAAGGAACGAAAUGUGCUAGCUGGGCUGUAAUUAUUCUGUUUUCAGUAAAACUCCAACGAUCCCGUCACUCCAACAGUAAAGCAGAGAGUAUUGUCAGGUAAACACAAAUACCGGUUAGCAUAUAUUGUAUUAUCAAAUUAUGUGCACGCAAUUCAGCACAAUUUCCAACAUAACAUGCAGCGUAUCUAGGGCCAGGAGUUUUUCCCGACCUAGAUGACAUAACCAGAAAAAUAAACUUUGGGCCCUAUAGUACAGUAAUAACCUAAUACUGUAGCUAGGGCCCCCAAAAUGUUCUCCGUCAGGUCACGUGGUCACUCAAAACUCCUGGUCUAAGAAUACUGUAUCUGCAGAAGGUCUUGUUGUCCGACACAAAAUCACAAAAAUCAAUGAAUUAAAAAUAAAUAAAUUAAAACCAACGUUUUUAAAACCGAGCUAAGUCACAUGAGUGGGAAAUAGAAAUAAGAAAUAACAAUGGCUUCUUUGCAUCAUCAAUUCACUAGAGGGAAUGUCUUAAAGUGAUAGUUCAGUGAUUGUAACUUAUUUACUUAUCCAGGUUUCCUUCCCUUGAAAGCGGUCUAUGGACAAAAUAAUUGCCGAACUAUCCCUUUAAACUAUGUUUUGUAAACCUUCAUGACGUCAGAUUCAAAUAAACAGGCCUGGGUACAGUAAAGGCCUUCAUACUGGAACUCUGUGUCUCAAUUAACAACCGUCUCUGAGUGGAGUUAAAUACUUUUUGUGCGUUGCUGAUCGAUAAUGUAUCACAUAUAUACCUUUUAUAUUAGAUUCCCAUGAACAGACCUUGGUAAAGUUAGCCUGGCUAUAACAGACCUUGGUAAAGUUAGCCUGGCUAUAACAGACCUUGGUAAAGUUAGCCUGGCUAUAACAGACCUUGGUAAAGUUAGCCUGGCUAUAACAGACCUUGGUAAAGUUAGCCUGGCUAUAACAGACCUUGGUAAAGUUAGCCUGGCUAUACCAGACCUUGGUAAAGUUAGCCUGGCUAUAACAGACCGAAUGCGGCACUAACUACUGUUGUUCACCUUUCAAUCUAGUUUAACCAGGCUAUUGGUAAAGGCCUUUAAACCAACCAGUCUCUUACAAGUUGAGUUAAAUACUUUUUGUGCAUUGUUGAUCGAUAAUGCAGCUAAUGCACCACAUAUACAUUUCCAUAGCUUGUAUAGCCAGAGUAGAAAUUCUUUAUAUAGACACUGUAGCCUAAUGAAAGCCACUAGCCAUAGGUGAGUUUCCAAAAUCCUUUGUAGUGAAUGUUGACUGCUAUUUCUUUCCCACAACCUGGACAAGAGAGAGAAACAGAUAUAUCAAUGUUUUCCAGUUAAGGAACGGAAUUGGUCAAAUUAAGCACUUUGCUGUUCAACAAGUGGUGUGAGUCUGGUUUGUCCAGAGAAACAAAGUACUGUACCAUGUUAUUAGCUACGGAGGCUUUGGGAAACCCAUCCCAUAACGAGACUAGAUAUUCAACAGUUCACUAUGACAACUCCUCUGUGUGGCAAAGCUGUAAGGUAAGUCAGCACGAGGGUGAUAUUAUUGAGC